AUGGCCGCUCACAUUACUCUCGGCCCAGACAUACUGGGUUUUGACGUUGUCGUGAUCGUCCACUGGCUUCUGCCAUCGGUUGCAGCUUUCUCAUAUUUUGUGUCUGCUCUGGUCAGAUUUGCACUGGGGUUCCGCCAUAGCGGUAGUGAAGGUCUCGCGCGGAGAGUCGCGCUAUGCUGUAUGGGCAUCGUCUGCAUCACUUAUACUCUAAGCUCUGCCGGUCUUCUGUAUUUUUCUCUCCUAGGAGAGCCAGCGGUAUCCCGGGAUAGCAUUGCUUAUAACGUGAACUCGGCUUUCAUCUGGUUCUCAAUGUUCCUUGAUCUCUCGGGCCCCCGUAUAUCUUCGUAUGCCUCUCUUGCCGGAUGUUCCAUUAUAUAUUGCCUGGCGGAAGUAUUCUUGCUUGUUCCGAAAACUCGGCAUCUGGAAUUGAUGGGGACGGCAUGGGCUAUUGCUGUAUUUGUUGUCCGUGGAAUCCGUUUGCUGAUUCUGUCUCUUCUUGCUUGUGUUGCCGUUAAAUCUUUGGUUCCUCUAAGGCGCCAUCAGCACGGUGAAACAGUGCCCCUCCUAGGGGACGACCGUACGCCCAGAAACAAUCAUCUCUAUAGACAUGGAGGGUCCCACUAUGGUGCGAUGUCUACAGGUCAGACUGCGAAUCUUAGCAAUGGGACACGUCAAAACGGCAGGCCCGACUCUAAUUCUGGGAAAACCAUGUUGCUCAUGCCCUUCGUCUGGCCCCAGAACAAACCUCUUCUGCAGCUGCUGUGUGCUGUGGCUGGCAUUUGCCUCCUGGUAGAAAGGGCUUUGGUUUUGCUCGUUCCUCUGCAAUUGGGGCGUGUUGUAGACGCGCUUAUCGAGAAACCUGGGACGGUUCCAUGCCACGAAAUAGGCAUCUUCGUCGCCCUCUGGCUUUUAGACACCAGUGGCGGCAUACCAAUGCUAUGCAAAUGCAUAUGGUUCCCUCUUGAGGAUAACUUUUAUCUCAGGAUUGGGACGGCUAUCUUCGACAAGAUUUUGACAUUGCCUGGCGACUUCCAUGCCAAAACAAAUCCAGCAAAUCUCUGGGAAUCGGUGACCCGGGGGGUGAGUGUCAGAUACCUGGUUCGUUCGUUUGUCUUCCACAUCAUUCCAACUGCUGUCGACAUUUCGGUGGCUAUAGUAGUGCUGUGCUAUAUAUUCAGCAUCUAUAUGGCAAUGGUGUUUACAGCCGUCGUCAUUGUCCUCUUCUGGGUGUCGUACAAGAUGCUCCCCAGACUCCUGGGGAAACAGGAGCGAUUGAUAAGUGACAUGGAAAAUGAGCAUAAAUGCCUGUAUCAAGCAACCUCAAACUGGCAGACUACAGUUUACUUCAACCGCAUCCAACACGAGAAGUUACGGUUUCGUUCGGCCAUUGCGAACCGCAUGGGCUCAUCAGCUUCCUUCUCCCUCGGUGUUCAUCUAGAGUGCCUUGCGCGGUCGUGCCUGUUGAGCGGAGGGUUGUUUGGACUAUACCUUCUUGCAGCUUAUCAGAUAGCCUGGGGCAGGAAAUCUCUUGGGAGUUUUGUGAUGCUGGUCUUCUAUUGGUCGCGGCUUUCCAGCCACCUUCAGGUCCUUCCUAGUGUGAUUCGCGAUACCACUCUAGGUAUUCUUAAUGCGCGUGAGCUAGUGGCAAGGCUGAGCAUUGAACCCAGUAUCUGCAAUCUCAAGGAUGCCAAACCGCUUCUAGUGGAUCGAGGGGGCGUUGACUUUCGAGACGUCGGAUUCACUUACGCUGGGCAGAAGCAGUCGCUGAGUCACGUCGAUUUCCAGGUAGAAGGUGGCCAAACCGUAGCCAUUGUGGGCGAAUCAGGAAGUGGAAAAUCGUCCCUAUCGAAACUCCUUCUACGCAUGUAUGAUCCAGCGCACGGCACAAUUUUCAUCGAUGGACAAAACAUCCAAAGCGUGACGUUGGAGAGCUUGCGCGACAGUGUUGGUGUAGUGCCUCAAGAACCAGCUAUAUUCCACGAUACGAUCAUGAACAACGUCAAAUAUUCUAAUAUAUUUGCCAGAGAUGAACAAGUGUACGAGGCCUGCAAAGUUGUGGGUCUCCACGGUCUCUUUAUGUCAUUCCAAGAGGGAUAUCAAACAUUUCUCGGAGAAUACGGCGUGAGUUUAUCCUCUGGUGAACGACAACGGAUGGGGAUUGCGAGAAUAAUCCUCAGAGAUCCAAAAAUACUCUUCCUCGACGAAGUGAUGAACAAUGUAGAUAGCAACACCGAGUCGAUAGUCUUGCAGGCUCUCAAAAAGCUCUAUAUGGGGAGAACCAUCUUCAUCGUCUCGCACCGUCUUUCCACAAUCGCAAGCGCCGACAAAAUCCUUGUCUUUCGUCGCGGUAGAGUAGUCGAGCAGGGGGAUCACAAUUCGCUGCUGGCAGCAAAUGGGUAUUACUCUUGUCUCUGGUCACAUCUAGCCAGACCUAAGCCUCCUACUUCAGCAGUUAAAGUGCUUGGCAAGAAAUCACAACCAGCUGGAACUCCGCUGGCUACCAGAGAAGUGAAUCGUAUUCCACUUGGUCGAGGCGAAGACCCCAACGAUCCUGUCGAUCUAUCGAUGUCGAAUGUUGGUAAAUGGUUCCUACACAAGGCUAACGAGAGAGCAAAGCAAAAGGAAAUCUCCCAUCUUGCUACUGGAUCUCCGGGAGGAAACUUUGCCGAUGUCUCUCCAUUUCAAAGGACGAUAUUGAAGCCUGAUGCCCCGGAGUUUAUUCCCUUCGCACAGCGACAUUCCGCCGAGAGCAGGGAUAGGCACACAGGAUCUUGUACAAAUGAGAAUCAGCACACUGGUACUUCGGAACAAUUUCCAGAGCACAACCAAGUCGGAAAAGAGAAUAUGCGACAGACUCCCCAUCCCUUGACUGUGCGUGAAACAUUGAGUCCUCUUGUAGAUGGUAAUGUUGUUUCCUAUACAGCUCAUGGAGGCAUGAGCAAUGACUCAACCGCUUCAGUCCUGCAGCAGGUGGAUAAUGGUGUAGUUUUAGCAUAUCCAAGGAAGGCACGAAAGAGGACCAGGAAAUCGAAGCGCCGAGCAGCUGUCCGCAGGAAACUUACAGAGAGUGAACCUGUCGAAGUUGGCUUCGGCCAUGAGCCGUACAUGCUUCCCACUUAG